AUGGCUAAGGAAAUCUCAAUUAUACUCAAGAAAAAAUCAAGCCUAGCUAAUCCUAACCCUGAUUUUCCAGCAAUAGAGAUGGACACAUCCAUACAAGACCCAGCAAUUUUGGGCAGACGUUUGGGAAGAAAGAGAAACAAAUUUGUGGGUAUUAGACAGAGGCCAUCAGGGAGAUGGGUUGCAGAGAUAAAAGACACCAUUCAAAAGAUCAGGAUGUGGUUGGGCACCUUCGACACAGCAGAGGAUGCAGCCAGAGCUUAUGAUGAGGCAGCCUGCCUUCUGAGAGGCAAAAACACAAGAACAAAUUUCUUGCCACCUCCUUCCCCUCAUACUCAUGGGACCUCUGCCUUGCCCUCCAGAACAGCCAGAAUACUCCUCCUCAGGCUCAAGGAUGCCAAUGCCAGAAACAAGACUAUGAGUAUGGACUCUAAUUCUAAUCCCCAUAUGCUCUCUAGUUUUGAAGAUUCAAAGCCAAAUUGUCUCAGUAAUUUUCAGUUUUUACAGUCAAAAGUUAAGGUGGAAAUUGAGUCUCUCAGCUCUGAUGACAAUGUUCAGGAUGUUCAUGUGAAGAGUUCCAAAAUGGGUUUACCCUCUUGCAUUGAAAGCAAUGGUGAUGUUUUAGGUUCCAGCCUGACCAACAUGCCCAUUACUCCAAUUAACUCGAUGGGUCAGGAGAAUUUUGAAGGUAAAGGCACAGACCCAACUGGUUUUUCUCAUAAUUCUGUAGAACAGGGGCAGAGUAACAGUGAAGAACUGCAAGAACAGAGUAAUAAUUACGUGUUGAUGGACAAAGCUGAAAGUUCUGUUUGUACUGAUAUCUGCUCCCCUGCUGGAGAGGGGAUUGCAUCUGUUGAAUCUCUAAGUGAUGUCGAAAAGGAGAUGAUUGAUGGAUUGAAUUUAGUGGGUGGUGAGGAAAUGAUAACUGGGUAUUGCCCAUUUGAAAUUGCUGCAGAAAUAGCAGAGCCCACCAGGAGUGACAUACCCAGCAUUUUCAUGCAUGAUUUGGGAGAGUAUAAUUGUUCAAUGUUGAGGAUGAGAACUUAUGAGAGGAAAAUCUCGGCUUCUCUGUAUGCAAUGAAUGGGAUCUCCGAGUACUUUCGUUAUACCAGUGAGCCUGCGCUGAACUUUUCAAAGGAUUUCAAGGUUGGCAAUGGUGAUGGGAUUUGUCGGAGUUCUGAACAGAGUGAAACGUGUUCGUCGGCCUGUUCUUCUGAUUCUGCAGAUGGCGUAGAGAUGAUGUGGAAUCCAUGGAACUUGACUUUUCCUUGA